CAUAAGAAGGCAAGAAGGGAGAGAUAAAAGAGAAGGGCCAAAGGGGUGCCCCAAUAGACAUAUAGUGUCUCUAUAAUACUACUAGAUAGAUAUAAUCAAAGACGUGCUUGAGUCACUUUCACCCUCACUCCCUCAUUCUCAACCACAUACAAGUCAUGCCACACUUAUAGUUUGAAUAACUAACACCCCAAAAAUUAAUCUUGGUAAUGUAGCUAAUAUAACCCCAUACAUUAUAACUUGAGUACCACAGUAUUUUUCCAAAGAAUCCAAAGUAUGACAGAUCGCACUAUGCCCCCCACAAUCCCCAACAUAAUUCUAUUAUCUUUCAAUUACCAUACAAAAAAAUAUUCCCAAAAAAUAAAAAUAAAAAAAAAUAAAAAGAAAAAAAGAAACUCCCAUACUUUGUUUUUUCCAUCUUUUUAUUACACUAAAGCUAAAAUAUCACAUCUAUUUAUAUAUAUUUGUGGGACUACAAUUGCAUUAACUUUCAUCAUAAUAUUAUUACCCUUCUUUUUAUCAUUUUAACUUAGUCACUCCCUCUCUUUGUUAACUACAAGUAUUAUUAUAAAGCAACCACUCUUUAUACCACUCACAAUUAUUUCAAAAAAACACAACUAACUAAAAUCACAACAUUACAUAAUCCUCCCAAAACUAGCUCAUCACCACCAAAGCUCCAACAACAACCACCACCAUGUCUAAGAAGCCCUCCCAUCGAUGGAACGACUCCGAGGAGCUCGAUGUCUUCGAGGCGGCAAAUUACUUCUCCGGCUACAAUGACAACAACAUCAACAACUACUUGGUGUCUCAAAAGGCGGUGUGUAAAGAAGAGAACCGCGGUUAUUUAAGGGGAGGUAGGGUUAGUCUCGACGUACCUUCCCUUAAACAUUAUUACAUCCAACACCACAACCCGUCGUCAAUGGUUGAACAACCACAAAAACAACAACAACAACAACAACAACAACAACAACAACAACAAAAAAGCAAAGAUAAAAAGAAAUACAAACAACCUAGCUCUCCUGGUGGUAAGAUAGCUCAAUUCUUGAACUCACUCUUUAGUCAAACUAACUCUAAGAACAAGAAAUCAUCGAAUAAAUCCUCGUCUUUAAAAGACGAAGAUGAAAGUCCGAUUAAUAGGAGGAAAAGGAGAAGUAGUAUUAGCCAUUUUAGGUCGACUAGUAGUGCAAUCGAUGCAAGAUCAAUGUACUCUACUUCAAGUUCCGGGUUUCGAACACCGCCUCCUUAUAAUCUCAACACUCCUACAAAAUCUUGUAAAGAUUUUAGGAGUUUUUCUGAUUAUAAGGAUGUUUUAGCUACUUUAUCCAAGUAUAAAAUCCAAGGAAAUGGGAAUAAUAAUGGGAUUCCCAAGGAUGAUCAUAAUAAUAAAGUUAUUAAAGGAUCAUCCAAUAAUAAUAUUGAUUGGAUUGAUGAGAAAUUAAGAAUGGUUGAGAAAUCAAAAAAUUACAAUAAUAAUAAUAAUAAUAAUAUUUCAUCACAUGUUUAUCAAGAGAAGAAAGAAAACUACAAGAAUUUUAAUCAACAUGAUGAUGAUGAUGGAGCUGAUAGUGAUUCAAGUUCGGAUCUUUUCGAGUUACGGAUCGAUUACGAAUUCGGGUUUUGUUCGAGUGGAUUGCCUGUUUAUGAGACUACUCAUAUGGAUAAUAUCAAGAGAUCUUCAUCUACUGCUAUUACUAGUGUUCCUAUCAAAACUUAAAACUUUGAUACAAUUUUUAUUUUUUUUUAUUUUUCUGGGAUGAGGAUUGAUGGUAUUGUAUGUAGUGCUGAGAAAUUCAUACCUUUUGUUUGGUUGAUUUAUCUUGUUAAAAAAAAUAGUUUGAAUUUUAUUUGAUUGUGUUUUUGUUCAAAAAUGUAGCAAGAAACUUUUUUUUUUCUUUUUUUCUUUUCUCUUUUGUUAUGUACAGUAUGGAAUGUUUAUUUGUCUUGGAGUACAAUAUUUUUAUUUUUCAA